UGAAAGAAGAAGAAGAAGAAGAAUUCGAAACAAAAGAUUCGUAAAUAUUUCGAAGGCCCAUGAAGCGUGCUUCGAUAUCGCCCAUCACUACCAACAACAAGUUAAUGUUGCGAUGUCGACAUGUGCAUCAGAGAAUGCAGGUCGUUAUUGUUUUCUUCAUUUCUAACAACAUUUCGAAAUGUUCGAAGGCACAAAUAUCGCAAAUCCGUAAUGGAAACGCAGCCUGACGCUGAAAUACUUUGAUAACUUUAAUCAUCGUUUCUAACUCAAACACCUACAACAACAUGAAGAAGAUCGUUUUACUCUCCACCAUCUUGUUAUUUCUUAGUGGUGUUGUUACAGAUGAUUCCGUGUCAGUGUUUGAGGGAGAUUCUGUUACUUUCCACACUAACACUGUAUUACAAAAAGAUUAUCUGAUCGACUGGAGGUUUGAAGAUCAAUGGGAUCUUAUAGCUAGAAUCAACGGGGACGCCAAUUUACUCAAAAUAUAUGAUGACGUUCUUGAUGGGAGAUUCAGAGACAGACUGCAGGUGAAUAAUCAGACUGGAGAUCUCACCAUCACAAACAUCACAACUCAACACACUGGACUUUAUAAACUAGAGAUCACUAACAAGGCGACUACAUCAAAGACAUUUAUCUUUAGUGUGUUUGGUGAUAAACAGAGAGUAAAGACAGUGACGGUGGGAGAUUCUGUCAUUCUACACAAUAAUGUAACCAAGAAACCAGAUGAGAAGAUGAUGUGGAGGAUUCGACACAACAACUCUCCUGUAGCUGAAAUAAAAGCCUUACAUGCUGAUGUUCAUGACAGAUUCAGAGACAGACUGUAUGUAAAUGCUCAGACUGGAAAUCUCAUCAUCACAAACAUCAGAAAUGAUGACUUUGGAUCAUAUGAAGUAGAUCUCACUGUCGGCAGUCAUACUAUACACAGAUCAUUCAAUGUCAGACAUGAAGAUCAGUCUUCUAGUAAGUCUUCAGGUGUUAUAGCAGGACUCUGUGUUUUAGUUCUGCUGCUUGUUGUUGCUCUUGCUGUCGCUGUUUUUCUUUACAGACGUCGCUCUAGGACUGCUAGAAAUGGGGACAGAAAAAAUAAGAGAGCACAGAUAAACAUGGAAUGUUGUGGUGGUGGUGAUGAGGAUGAUGAUGGUGAUGAGGAUGAUGAUGGUGGUGGUGCUGCUGCUGCUGCUGCUGUUGGUGGUGGUGGUGGUGGUGGUGCUGCUGCUGCUGCUGUUGGUGGUGGUGCUGCUGCUGCUGAUGAUGAUGAUGAUGAUGAUGGUGCUGCUGCUGCUGCUGCUGCUGCUGUUGGUGGUGGUGGUGGUGGUGCUGCUGCUGAUGAUGAUGAUGGUGCUGCUGCUGAUGGUGGUGAUGACGGUGAAAGAGAAGAACUGAAAGUGGAUGAAGGAGAAUCUGUUGAUCUGAAGACUGAAGUUACUGACAUAAAGAGAGAUGAUGUGAUAGAGUGGAGAUUUGAAGAAACUCUCAUAGCUGAAAUCAAUCCUGCCAACAAUAUCUUCAGGACAUAUGAUGGUGAUGAUAAUCUAUUCAGAGAUAAACUGGAGCUGAAUGAUCAGACUGGAGAUCUCAACAUCAAAGACUUCAGAGAGAAACAUGAAGGAGAUUAUAACAUAAAGAUCAUCAGUGAUGGAAAAACAUCAUACAGGAGAUUCAAAGUGUCUGUCAGAGCUUCCAGAAGAGAAGAUCCAGAGGAGACGAGAGGAGGAGAUCCAGUGGUGAUAGAGAUGUCGAGUUUGCCUAAAAGCAGUCAUGGCAAAACUACAGAAUCAUCAGCCUCUUUCACACAUUAAUUUUGGUAAAUUACCAUGAAUUUACCAGAAUGACUUUACUAGUAAAUACAAAAAUGUGCUGUUCACACAAGCAGUGACUGUUAUCUUCUUACUAGCAAGAAAUCAUUCACAUAUCAGUACCAAAACACCGAUAAACUCUGUGAGAGCUGGAAAUGAGCGCCAGGUUAAGGGCUUUUCCUUUUGUCCAUGGGAGUGAAUGGACAAAAUAAUUUUUUUACUAUUUUCAAGCACUGUGUAAUAUUACUGCUCCGGAGCAGGUUAUCCUCAGAGAGUCAGUUGCUAUGGUUACUCGCAUAACCCAAAAGUUACCUCUUUUUUUGGAACAGCUUGGCGCUUGUGGCCUCUAGGGGUGCUAGACAUGAAAAAUACAUGUCUGGCGCCCCGUACUGGCCAAAAUGUUCUGCAGUGUGCCUUUAAAUCAUAGCUAACGUGUAUCAUAGACAACACUGAGCUACGGUGCUAUGUAAAAUGUGUAGUGUAUAAUGUAUACACCGUUUUAUUCGCAGUGAGACAGCAUACUUCUCGUGUUUUACUUGUUGUUAUGAAUGAACUUGAAAUGCAAAAUACGCUUGGUACAAUUUAAAUUUACUUGAUAUGUGAUUUACAUAAAUUAUCAACUAACCAGUUGUUCCGGAUCUAUUAAAAUAAUGAGAAUUCAGAUGUGGACCUUUGAUUGUAAAUUUGAGAACCCCUUUAAUUUUGGCACUUUAUUUAGUGCCAAAAUUAUACACACCCUACAAUUUGUCUUUUGAUUGAAAUGGUUUAUUAUUGCCUUAUUUGAAAGGGUCAUGAAUAAUAAUGUUGAGCUCUGCUCAUAUUGGUUGUUUCUCAGAGCAGCUCCUUUAGUAGCUCUGUGUGUGUGUAAACAUCUUAUGUUUGAGUCUGUAGCAGAUUUUGAGGAAUAAUCAGUUGUUUGGAGAUUGUUAAUGGACAUUUCUGAGUGGUAAGUUUGUGUUUGUGCAAAACAUAACUGUAUCGUCAAUAGUAGAACUUCAGCCUAAAUGUUAGCAUAUAGCAUUAACUAGCGCAUAGUGCUAACUCAGCAGUCACAACUUAGUUUUAAGCAUUGUAACAACAUUGUAAUUAAUUUAAUGUUGGGGUGUAUGUCUUGACUGUAAUGUUACACUCAGUGUUAUGUUGAGAUUGGUUUGCUUUCUGUUUUUGCGUGCACAAAGUUUACAUAAAA